UGUGCAAACCGGGAAGAUGGCGGCCGGCGGCGGCGGAGGCGGCAGUAAGGCCUCCUCCUCGUCGGCCUCUUCGGCAGGGGCUCUGGAGUCCUCGUUGGAUCGAAAAUUCCAGUCGGUAACUAACACCAUGGAAUCUAUUCAAGGCUUGUCGUCUUGGUGUAUAGAGAACAAGAAACACCACACUACUAUCGUCUACCAUUGGAUGAAGUGGCUCCGGAGAUCUGCCUAUCCCCACCGUUUGAAUCUCUUUUACCUUGCCAAUGAUGUCAUACAGAACUGUAAAAGGAAAAACGCAAUCAUAUUCCGUGAAUCGUUUGCUGAUGUACUUCCAGAAGCAGCUGCUCUAGUGAAGGAUCCAUCUGUCUCUAAGUCUAUAGAACGAAUCUUUAAAAUCUGGGAAGAUAGAAAUGUAUACCCAGAAGAAAUGAUUAUGGCAUUAAGAGAAGCUUUGAGUACCACUUUCAAAACUCAGAAGCAGCUGAAAGAAAAUCUGAACAAACAACCGAAUAAGCAGUGGAAGAAAUCACAAACAUCCACGAAUCCAAAAGCUGCUCUCAAGUCUAAGAUAGUUGCUGAAUUUCGAUCUCAGGCCCUCAUUGAAGAGCUGUUGCUGUACAAGCGCUCAGAAGAUCAGAUAGAAUUGAAAGAAAAACAGCUGUCAACUAUGAGGGUGGAUGUGUGCAGCACAGAAACUCUCAAAUGCUUAAAAGAUAAGACAGGUGGGAAGAAAUUCUCCAAAGAAUUUGAAGAGGCAAGUGCCAAGCUGGAGGAAUUUGUGAAUGGACUAGAUAAGCAGGUGAAAAAUGGGCCCUCACUAACAGAAGCACUUGAAAAUGCUGGAAUUUUCUAUGAAGCACAGUACAAAGAAGUAAAAGUGGUGGCCAAUGCAUAUAAAACCUUUGCUAAUCGAGUGAACAAUUUAAAGAAAAAGCUAGAUCAAUUGAAGUCAACCCUUCCUGAUCCUGAGGAAUCACCAGUCCCUUCCCCAAGCAUGGAUGCUCCCUCCCCAACUGGCUCUGAGUCUCCUUUUCAAGGAAUGGGAGGUGAGGAAUCCCAGUCACCAACCAUGGAGAGUGAGAAAUCUGCCACACCUGAACCUGUAACAGAUAAUCGUGAUGUGGAAGACAUGGAACUCUCAGAUGUGGAAGAUGAUGGGUCAAAAAUCAUUGUAGAAGACAGGAAGGAAAAACCUGUGGAGAAGUCAGCUGUAUCCACUGCUGUACCUACAAAGCCAACAGAAAGUAUCUCAAAGGCCUCUUCAUGUACUCCAGUGCCUGUAACCAUGACAGCAACCCCACCUCUUCCAAAGCCUGUGAAUACUUCUCUUCUCUCCCCUACUCCAGCACUGGCUUUGCCAAACCUGGCUAAUGUGGAUCUGGCAAAGAUAAGUUCCAUCCUUAGCAGCCUGACAUCAGUCAUGAAAAAUACUGGGGUCAGUCCUGCAUCAAGACCUUCUCCAGGAACUCCUGCAAGUCCCAGCAACCUCACCAGUGGUCUGAAAACACCUGCACCUGCCACGACAACAUCUCAUAACCCUCUAGCAAAUAUCCUCUCGAAGGUGGAGAUCACCCCAGAGAGCAUUCUGUCUGCUCUUUCCAAAACCCAGACACAGUCAGCCCCUGCACUGCAAGGCCUGUCAUCUUUACUUCAGAGUGUUACUGGGAACCCAGUUCCAUCCAGCGAAGCUGCAUCCCAGAGCACUUCGGCUUCCCCUGCCAACACCACAGUCUCUAGCAUAAAAGGAAGAAAUCUGCCCUCCAAUACCCAAUCCUUUAUUCCGAAAAGCUUCAGCUAUUCCCCUAAUUCAUCAACUUCUGAAGUCUCUUCAACUUCAGCCAGCAAGGCCUCAAUUGGGCAAAGCCCAGGGCUCCCAAGCUCUACUUUCAAGCUACCAUCCAACACUCUGGGGUUUACAGGUACCCACAAUACUAGCCCUGCUGCCCCACCUACUGAAGUUGCCAUGUGCCAAUCUUCAGAGAUCUCCAAGCCAAAGCUGGAGUCAGAGUCCACCUCCCCAAGCCUGGAAAUGAAGAUCCACAACUUCUUAAAAGGUAAUCCUGGUUUCAGUGGCUUAAACUUAAACAUCCCAAUCCUGAGCAGUUUGGGAUCCGGUGCCCCAGCAGAAAGCCAUCCCUCAGACUUCCAGCGUGGCCCUACUAGCACAUCAAUCGACAACAUUGAUGGAACCCCUGUGCGGGAUGAACGGAGUGGGACACCCACCCAGGAUGAGAUGAUGGACAAGCCCACAUCCAGCAGUGUAGAUACCAUGUCCCUGCUUUCUAAGAUCAUUAGCCCUGGUUCCUCAACACCCAGCAGUACAAGAUCACCACCCCCUGGGAGAGAGGAAAGCUACCCUCGAGAGCUCUCCAAUUCUGUAUCUACAUAUCGACCCUUUGGCCUGGGCAGUGAAUCACCCUAUAAGCAGCCUUCUGAUGGAAUGGAGAGACCAUCUUCCCUGAUGGACUCUUCACAGGAGAAAUUCUAUCCAGAUACUUCUUUCCAGGAAGAUGAAGAUUACCGAGAUUUUGAGUAUUCAGGGCCUCCACCCUCUGCCAUGAUGAACCUAGAGAAGAAACCAGCCAAAUCUAUCCUGAAAUCAAGCAAGCUUUCUGAUACCACCGAGUACCAGCCCAUCUUGUCCAGUUAUAGCCACAGGGGCCAAGAAUUUGGGGUAAAGUCUGCCUUCCCUCCAUCUGUAAGGGCCCUCCUGGACUCUAGUGAGAACUGUGACCGUCUCUCGUCUUCCCCUGGGCUUUUUGGUGCCUUCAGCAUAAGAGGGAAUGAACCUGGGUCUGACCGGUCACCAUCACCGAGUAAGAAUGAUUCAUUUUUCACCCCUGACUCCAACCACAAUAACUUGUCUCAGUCUACCACUGGGCAUCUCAGUUUGUCACAGAAGCAGUACCCAGACUCUCCUCACGCAGUUCCACAUCGUUCCCUUUUCUCUCCGCAGAACACCCUUGCAGCUCCCACGGGCCACCCACCCACGUCAGGCGUGGAGAAAGUCCUGGCCUCCACCAUUUCCACCACAUCGACGAUUGAGUUUAAGAAUAUGCUUAAAAAUGCCUCACGAAAGCCCUCAGAUGAUAAACAUUUUGGCCAGGCCCCCAGCAAGGGCACUUCAAGUGAUGGAGUCAGUCUCUCAAACCUCUCCCAGCCCAGCUUGACAGCCACUGAUCAGCAGCAGCAAGAAGAGCACUACCGCAUAGAGACCCGAGUGUCCUCCUCCUGCUUAGACUUGCCUGAUAGUACGGAAGAAAAGGGGGCCCCUAUAGAGACCUUGGGUUAUCAUAAUGCAUCCAAUAGGAGGAUGUCAGGGGAGCCAAUACAGACUGUAGAGUCCAUCCGAGUUCCUGGGAAGGGAAAUAGAGGACAUGGGCGUGAGGCUUCAAGGGUGGGUUGGUUUGAUCUGAGCACCUCAGGCAGCUCUUUUGACAAUGGCCCCUCAAGUGCCUCUGAGUUGGCAUCCCUUGGGGGUGGGGGCAGCGGAGGCCUCACUGGCUUUAAAACAGCACCAUACAAAGAACGAGCACCCCAAUUUCAGGAAAGUGUCGGCAGCUUUCGUUCCAACAGUUUCAACUCAACAUUUGAGCAUCAUCUCCCCCCGUCCCCAUUGGAACAUGGGACACCCUUCCAGAGAGAGCCAGUGGGGCCAUCAUCUGCCCCACCUGCCCCUCCUAAGGAUCAUGGUGGUAUCUUCUCUCGAGAUGCACCCACUCAUCUACCCUCUGUGGAUCUUUCGAACCCCUUCACAAAGGAGGCAGCCCUGGCCCAUGCUGCCCCACCUCCUCCUGGAGAGCACAGCGGAGUUCCUUUCCCCACCCCACCCCCUCCUCCGCCCCCUGGGGAACAUAGCAGCAGUGGCGGGAGUGGCGUCCCUUUCUCCACUCCUCCUCCUCCUCCGCCUCCUGUUGACCACUCUGGGGUUGUACCCUUCCCGACCCCACCACUGGCAGAGCACGGAGUGGCGGGGGCUGUGGCAGUAUUUCCCAAGGACCAUAGUUCCCUCCUUCAAGGGACCCUGGCUGAUCAUUUUGGGGUGCUCCCAGGACCCAGGGACCAUGGGGGCCCCACCCAACGGGACCUCAACGGCCCUGGCCUUAGCCGUGUACGCGAGAGCCUGAGCCUACCCUCCCUUUCUCUGGAGCACUUGGGCCCAGCCCAUGGAGGAGGAGGUGGGGGAGGCAGCAGCAACAGCAGCGGCCCCCCCUUGGGUCCCUCACACAGAGACGCCAUCAGCCGGAGUGGUAUGAUCUUGCGGAGUCCCCGGCCAGACUUCCGGCCUAGGGAACCUUUUCUCAGCAGAGACCCUUUUCACAGUUUAAAGAGACCCAGGCCACCUUUCGCUAGGGGCCCUCCGUUCUUUGCACCAAAACGCCCAUUCUUCCCUCCCAGGUACUGAUGGAAACUAAGGGAAAGGCAUUUUGAACAGUCUAGAGAGAAUUGGAAGUAGGAGUUUGGUUUAUUAUUGUUGUUUUUGUUUGUUUUCCCUCCUUUGAUUUAUUUUUUCUUUUUUUUAUUAUGACAGAGGACCUCCCUUCCAAAUUAAAAAAUCCCAUGUGCAUAUGCCCACAUUUCACUAUUCCAUCCAGUCCUGCCUCCCACUGCACUUACACCCACCUUCUCCAACUUGUUUGUAUUUUAAGGGGGUGGGGGGCAAAGAAACACAACCAAAGCCACUUCAUUUGGCUGGGGGCUUGAGGGGUGGGGAGGAAAACAGCUCUUAUCUUACCCCAUCUAUGGAAGAGUAUUAUUACAUUUGAAAUAAAACUUCCAUCAGUACAGAUAAUAACACGUGCAAUGUUGGGAUGUUAUUUUGGGCUUGGCAUGUCAAAAGUAGUCAGUGGAAGGAUUCCUGUCCCCUCCUCUCUCCAGCUCCGUUACUGCUGUAACCAGUGUGGCUCUCUUCCCUGUAUGCUCUGUGGCCUGCUGACAGCCAGGAGAUGUUGCAGGGGAGAAAUGUGGGAGACCUUGGACCUGUCAAGUUGUUUUGUUCUGCUUUGUUUUGUUUUUAAAGGCAUGUUGCAGUUGAGUACUUUACCUGUCUCCUAAAAUCUAAAGCUUCUUUUUUUUUUCUUCUUUUUUUCCUCUUCUAAAGUACUAUCAGGCAGUAACUUUGAGGAGAUAUGGACCUCAUUUUAUCCUAGUAAAAAAUUUUCCUCUUUAUACUUGGAGUGAAAGAAAGGGGGCUGGAUAUAAUUUAAAGGUUAAAAUACGGAGUAGCUACAAUAUAGAGAGCUAGAGAAAGGAACUGUUAAAUGGUGUGUUGUGACCUGCCCAUCUGUCAUAAACAAGGAAACAUUUCUGAGGUAGUUUCACACAUCUUGCACCAAGCUCUUGCUUCCUGCUUUUCUUUCUUGACUUUUUCCUCCCUCAGUUUUCAUUUCUGCUUUAGCCAGAGAGAAAGUCACUACAGUUGACAAUUGAUAUGAAGGUGUAACUGAAAUGUUAUCAAAUAUUAUCCCUGUAUUUUUUAAUAAGAAGACAUUUUUACCAUGGUGUCUUCCUAACGUAAGUGACAUUUGUUAGUAGUUUUCAGCAAAAGUUAACUACAAGGGAAAGGGAAAUAUUUGUCUUUAUCUUUCUUUUCCCCUUGACCUAGUCCUGUGUUCACCCCUCUUCUUGGUAUUUCGAAGGAGGAAGUUCAGUAGCAUCUUUCUUUAUAUUAUACCUCUUUAGAUCUGUCUUAGUGACAAGUGGAUAUUAUUAUAUGUAUCUUUACAGAGAAACAGGAGGACCCGAUAAAUUCAAAUUUACCCCACUCUACAGAUAGCAGCCUGUCACAUUUCAAGGCUCAAUCCUUAACCUCACCUCCCACUCUCAAUAGGAAAUAAUGUUUCUGCCCUUAGUCAUUUUCCACGAGAAAGGAGUGCUUUUCUUGUCCCUGAACUGAAAGGCUUCUUAUUUGUAUUUCUACAACUAGUAACUGGGAAAAAGACAAUCACUGCAUUCUGAGUGUUUGUAUCUUUAUAUCUAGGGACACUGAAAGGCAAAUGUUGCUUUACUACUAUUUUUUACUAUUUUAUUUUAGUGUCUUACCCCAAGGUACACAUUGGU